AUGGUGGCAUUGGAUUACAGCCCGGCAGUAAAGGCCAGCCUGAUCAGCUUUUCUCCCUCACUCGAAUACAAAACUAUUGUGGGAGUUAGGGGCCCGCUUGUGAUAUUGGACAAUGUGAGACAUCCUAGAUUUGCAGAGAUUGUGACCAUAAAAUUGGGAGAUGGGAGUAUGAGGAGGGGACAGGUGUUGGAGGUAUGCGGGAAUAAAGCCGUUGUACAGGUUUUUGAAGGCACAAGUGGAAUUGACAACCAAAGUUGUUCCGUAGAAGUGAGCGGGGAUCUACUCAAUUUGGGUGUAUCAGAAGAUAUGCUGGGGAGAGUCUUCAAUGGCUCUGGAAAUCCUUUGGAUUCUGGCGAUAGAAUAAUUGCUGAAGACUAUCGUGAUGUUAAUGGGUUUUCGAUCAACCCUGUUUGUAGACAACACCCAAGGGAGAUGUUGGAAACGGGCAUCUCUGCCAUAGACGUCAUGAGUUCAAUUGUAUUAGGCCAAAAAAUUCCGCUUUUUUCAGCUGCCGGUCUACCGCACAAUGAAAUUGGCGCCCAGCUAUGUAGGCAAUCUGCACUAGUGGGCGGAAAGGAUGUAUUCGAUCGCCACCAGGAUAACUUUGCAAUAAUCUUCGCCGCUAUGGGCAUAAAUAUGGAAACCGCCACGUUUUUUCGCAGGGACUUUGAAAAAAGCGCGACCAUAGGUCGUGUAGCCCUGUUUCUAAAUCUGGCCAACGAUCCAGCUGUGGAACGGAUAAUUACGCCUAGGUUAGCAUUGACCACUGCUGAAUAUCUUGCCUUUGACAGGGAGAUGAACGUAUUUGUGAUCAUGACGGACAUGACCAGCUAUGCGGAUGCCCUGAGAGAGGUUUCUGCUGCAAGAGAUGAGGUACCUGGCAGGAGGGGUUACCCUGGCUACAUGUAUACGGACCUAUCCUCACUCUAUGAGCGUUCAGGUAGAGUGUUAGGGUGCAACGGUUCGAUAACACAAUUCCCAAUACUAACAAUGCCUAACGACGACAUAACCCAUCCAAUACCGGACCUCACUGGUUAUAUUACAGAGGGGCAGAUAUUUGUGGACCGUGCGUUGCACAAUAGAAAUAUUUAUCCUCCUAUAAACGUAUUACCGUCACUAAGCAGGUUGAUGAAGAGCGGUAUUGGAGAUGGGAUGACUAGGGCGGAUCAUCCAGCGGUAUCGGAUCAAUUGUACUCUAACUAUGCGUUGGGCCAGGAUACUAGGUCAAUGAAGGCGGUUGUGGGAGAAGAGGCGCUUACAGCGGACGAUUUGUUAUACUUAGAAUUUACAGAUAAAUUUGAAUCUAGGUUCUUAAACCAGGGGCCUUAUGAACGACGUACUAUUACCCAAUCAUUGGACAUUUGUUGGGAACUUCUUCGUACGUUCCCUGAGGAUAUGCUUAAGAAGAUCAAGAAGGACACACUUAAGAAGUAUUAUCCUAGGGAGGGUAUUUAG